AUGGAAAGCAUCAUGAACAACCUCAAGACUACAAGCACAAGGUCGGGGACAUCAUGCAUGAUCCCCCUCGCCACACUGAAGGAAAAGUCCUCUGGAUUCCUCGUCGAAAACAGCUGUGCUUUCGGUGUAGAGUUUAUCAAAGUUACUGCUGCUAAAACUAAUGAUGCGACAAAGAAGCUGUUUGUUCAGAAGAAGAUAAACAAAAUCUCCAGUAUUCCAGAAGUCUACACCUGGGACAUCGAGGACUUUUUUGCGCUGAAAAGCCCGAGCCACUCUCCAGAUUUUGAGCUCCAUGGACACAAAUGGUUCAUCACCAUCCAUCCAUCUGGAUUCGAUAAGAAUAGAAACUUUAUCUCCUUGUCCCUGACCAUGAAGGUGACGGAUAUACUCCAUGAGAACUCCGCGAACCUGGUACAAUUGGACAUACGCAUCAAAAACCAGGGAAUGGCAAGGACAAUGGACAAAAAGGUUUGCUCUUUAGCAGUUCAGAUGCGAAAUUAUCAUCAUCACAUUUACUGA